AUGUCAAAGAAAAAGAGCAAUACUUACUGGUUUAUUUCUGUUCCCGCCGAAGGAAAGAAAACAGUUGUACUUGAGAAUUUGAAAUCGAAACUUCCAGCUGAUUUAGCAGAAGUUGAUCAAUUUAUAAUUCCAGAAUUUAAGAUAGGCACACUUGAUGCACUUGUAGUUAUUUCAGAUGAACUUGUUAAAUAUGAUCAAUACUUUGAAUCAGCUGUCAUGAGAAUUGUGGAUAUUUUACGUAAUUUGAAGGAUGAUAUCAAUAAUAAUCUGGUAGUUAAUGAUAAAAGUGUUGAUCAAUAUUUGAAAACUUUUCAAUGGGACACGAUGAAAUUUCGUGCGGAUAAAUCAAUGCAAGAAAUAGCAGAAAUUCUUAAUCAGGAAGUGACGAGAAUUGACAAUACUAUGAAAUCAAAAUUAUCUAGUUAUAAUCAGGUGAAGGGAAAUUUGCAAGCAUUGGAACGAAAACAAACAAAUAUAGCAGAUGUAGUUAAAAAAGAACAUUUUGUUGUUGAUUCUAAUUGGCUUAAUAAAUAUGAAACGCUUGUUCAAUUUGUCGUGCCGCGUUCAUCUCAAAAAAUAGCAGAAGAUGAAGAAUAUGGAUUAUUCACGGUAACACUUUUUAAAAGAGUUUCUGAAGAUUUUAGGCAUAAAUGUCGAGAAGAAAAAUUCGUUGUGAGAGAAUUUCAAUAUAAUGAAAAUGAAAUGGCUAAUCAACGUAAAGAAUUUGAAGAAGUUGGAGCUACUGAAAAGGAAUUAUAUAAUUCGUUAUUACGUUUGUCCAGUGCAAAUUUUGGAGAAGUCUUUUCUGCUUGGAUUCACCUUAAAGCAUUAAGAGUUUAUGUAGAAUCUGUUUUACGUUAUGGGUUACCACCAGAUUUCAUGUCAGCAAUGAUAAAACCUAAAUAUAAAAUGGAGAAAAAAAUAAGAGAGGUACUUAUUGUUCAAUACGGAAAACUUGGAGGAACAUUAGGAAAAGAUGCUUCAAAGGAUAUAAUUGAAGAAUAUCAUAAUCUUGUUGACACUGAUUAUUAUCCUUAUGUGUGGUUUCAAAUUAAAUUUGAUGUUUUUAAAUGA